GAGAAAACAGCAGAUUUUCUCUUCUGAACGUUUACAAUUGGCACUGAAUAAAACAAAAGGGUUGUGAUGUUGAUUGUUGUUGUUUUUUCAGUGUAAGCUGUUUAAUAAAGCGUGUGAUUGACAGCUGAGGUCACGUGACCGGCUUUGUUGUGUUAGUGAUCUCACUGAGGGUUAAAGUUUUUUAUUCUGAAGUCACUGUGUGUUAUUUAGAGCUGAGUGUGAGAGCAUGCAGGAGGACGACGAGGACGAGGACGAGGAGAGAGGAUCCAGACUCAGAGACAAUCAGCAACAGGGUGAGGAUGAGGAUGAUGAUGACAAUGAUGAUGAUGAUGAUGAUGAUGAUGAGGGUGAUGAUGGUAAACUCUGAGAGCUGGAGAGAUCAGCUCCAACCUGGUAGCUCAGAAGUGGACUGGUGUGAAGGAAAUUAUCUCGUCCAUCCCAACAUCGCUGAGUUCUACAACACGAUCAGUAAUGUGCUGUUCUUCGUGCUUCCUCCUCUCCUGAUGCAUUUAUUCCGUCAGUAUGCGGUGUGUUAUAACCGUGGGAUUUAUGUCAUAUGGUUCCUGCUCAUGGUGGUUGGUCUGGGCUCGGCGUAUUUUCACGCUACGCUCAGUUUUAUUGGUCAGAUGUUGGAUGAACUGGCGAUCCUCUGGGUGCUGAUGUGUGCGUUAGCCAUGUGGUUCCCUAAAAGACUCCUGCCCACAAUGUUCCAGAGACACAGCAGGUGUCGCUUUAAGCUGCUGGUCAUUUUACUGUCGCUGAUUUUCACCUGUUUGGCCUUCGUGAAACCGACACUGAACUCUGUGUGUCUCAUGACUCUGGGGUUCCCCUGUGCAGUGCUGCUCACUACUGAACUCCUCAGGUGUGAGAACCAGCGUGUGUUUAAACUAGGUUUAAUCUCGGCGGUCUGGUGGUUUCUUGCUCUUCUCUGCUGGAUCAGUGACAGGAUGUUUUGUGAAAUUUGGUCCAAAAUGAACCUCCCCUACUUACACUGCGUUUGGCACGUUCUCAUCUGUGUGGCCUCGUACCUGUGCUGUGUGUGUUUCGCGUAUUUCGAUGCUGUAAGCGAGGUUCCAGAGCGAGAGCCGGUUCUUCAGUUCUGGCCCAGUGAGAGCUGGGCUUUCAUCGGGGUUCCUUAUGUCACUCUUCUGAACUCACAUCGAAAAUCCUGCAACAAAACGUGGUGAAGUCUUAGGAAGAGUGUGAAGUUGUAACAGGGUGGUGACACAAUGCAGAGCGAAUCAGUGACAUAAUGAUGCAAUGACAUAAUGAUGCAAUGACACAAUGAUGCAAUGACACAAUGAUGCAGUGACAUAAUGAUGCAGUGACAUAAUGAUGCAGUGACAUAAUGAUGCAAUGACACAAUGAUGCAGUGACAUAAUGAUGCAGUGACAUAAUGAUGCAGUGACAUAAUGAUGCAGUGACACAAUGAUGCAAUGACACAAUGAUGCAGUGACAUAAUGAUGCAGUGACAUAAUGAUGCAGUGACAUAAUGACGCAAUGAUGCAGUGACAUAAUGAUGCAGUGACACAAUGAUGCAAUGACACAAUGAUGCAGUGACAUAAUGAUGCAGUGGCAUAAUGAUGAAAUGACACAAUGAUGCAGUGAAACAAUGACCCAGUGACACAAUGAGACAGUGCACACAAAUACACCAGGACAAAGUGGCACACUGAUAUAGUGACACAAUGACACAGUGACACAAUGACACAAUGACGCAGUGACCCAAGACACAUUAACACAAUGACGCAGUGUCACAAUUACACCAGGACACAGUGGCACACUGUUAUAGUGACACAAUGAUGCAGUGACAGAAUGAAGCGGUGACAGAAUGACGCAUUCACACGAUGACACACUGAUGUAGUGACACAAUGACACAGUGACACAAUGACACACUGAUGCAGUGACACAAUGACAGAGUGACACAAUGAUGCAGUGACCCAAAGACACAUUAACACAAUGACUCAGUGUCACAAUUACACCAGGACACAGUGGCACACUGUUAUAGUGACACAAUGAUGCAGUGACACAAUGACACAGUGACAGAAUGACGCAGUGACAGAAUGACGCAGUGACAGAAUGAUGCAGUGACACGAUGACACACUGAUGCAGUGACACAGUGACACAAUGACACAGUGACACAAUGACACACUGAUGCAGUGACACAAUGACACAGUGACACAAUGACACAGUGACACACUGACACAGUGACACAAUGACGCAGUGACACGAUGACACACUGAUGCAGUGACACAAUGACGCAGUGACACAAUGACACACUGAUGCAGUGACAUGGAGAAGGAUGUUUUCAGACAUGAACAUGAUGCAGGAUGACAGAAGUUGAUGUAUCGUUCUACCUCUCACACCAGUUUCUCCUCAAAAUCCCAACAGCUGGAUGUUUGCUUUAAACACACAAUUCAUAUUUGCUACAACUAAGAAUAUUUCUUAAACAUUUUGCUUUCUAAAUUAAUGUUUAUAUUCUGAUAAAAUAAUGAUGUUCUGUGCUGAUGUGCUGAUGUGCUGAUGUGCUGAUGUUCUGAUGUUCGGCUAAUACAUAAUAUAGCAAACAUUUUUUAUGUAUAUUCUGACGUGAGACUACAACAUAAAAACUACAAAUCUUUAUACAUUUGUUUUCAUCACUUUCUCUGAAUAUGUAAAUGAUGAUUUUUAGCUGAAAUUAGAAUUGAUUUCCAUGGCUUGUAGUUUUUGUCCAAGAAUUAAAUUUCAAUCUUUUAUAAAAAUUCA